AUGAUGCAGUUGGCCAAUAUCUGCAGCUAUUAUAGCUGUUUUAUUGUUUUGUUGCUGUUUGUGGGAACGUGUGUUGGCGUGCCUAUUGCGCCCACAACACGUGACGGUGCCACGCCCAUUGACGCACAGGUGUCGGCCGCCGAUUUCGGUGUCCUGGACGCAUUUGCCGAAGAUGCGGCCGAGUCAGCACAGAUCGAGCAAAAAAGUCGAGACUUGAGCAGCGCCAGCGCCACAGUGAGCAAUGAAGGGGCCUUUAAGAUCUCAUUGCUGCCCACACCCGCCAAAACGGCCGAGUCUGUGAAUCUGGAGCACGAAGCGAUACCCUCCAAGGUGCUGGGCGUCUACGACAAUGGCCACAAGAAAUUGUCGGACAUAUCGCAUCCGUUGCCCAUUUUGGACACCAUCAGCGAGCAUGAGAAGUAUGGCAACAAUGGGGACAUGUUCGAUGGCAUCUCUCGAUCGAUCGUCAACGGUUACGAGGCGUUUUCCAAUCUGCUUAACAGUUUCAUAGAGAAACCCAAGGAGCUGGCGCGCACUAUUUCGAAAGGCAUUACGGCACAGCUGGACAUUAUUGGUGGCAAGCUGGUGGGCCUGUAGGUACUAGAUGGAAAAGGCCCGCAAACUUCCCAGACAAUACGUAUCUUCUUCUCACUUUCUGUUCGUGUUUUUUUUUUUAUUAUUAUUUUAAUUAUUAUUAUAAUUGUAUAAUUGUUUAUGUAAAUAAAUAUGUAUAUUUAUUAUAUUAACUUAA